CCGGGGCGGGGCGGUGUCCUCGGAUCCCGGGAGCUGCCCGCAAAGAGCAGAGGGCAGCGUCCCGUCCGCGGGUCCUGCCAGCAUGAAGCUGCUCUCGGACCCCGGUCAGUCACGGGCGGGCCUCUGGCUUCUCCUGCUGGUUCUGCACCUCCUGCCCGGGACCCAGGCGGCCGACCCCAUAGAUGUGCUGAAGAUCUUGGGUGUGAGAGGGGGCUGGGCUGGGGUCCCUGAAGGGCCUGGCCUCUGUCCCCAGAGGACCCCACAGGGAGACCGAGCGUUCCAGGUGGGCAAGUCUACCACGUUGGGCGUCCCUACGAGGGAGCUGUUUCCAGAUGGAAUCUUCCCUGAAAACUUCUCUGUCCUCCUCACCUUCCGGGGCCGCCCGGCCAACCAGUCGGUCCUGCUGUCUGUUUAUGAAGAGGGGGGUUCCCGCAGCUUGGGCCUGACCCUGGGGCCAUCUCUGGGGCUACUCGGUGAUUCCUUCACCCCCCUUCCACAGCAGCUCAACCUCACGGAUGGUCGGUGGCAUCGGGUGGCACUCAGUGUGGAUGGAGGCAUGAUCACCCUGGUGGCUGACUGUCACCCUCAGCCCCGUGUGGUGGGCCAGGGGCCCCACUCCAUCAGCACAGGGGGCUUCACUGUGCUGGGGAGCCAUGACGCUGGGGAAGAGACCUUUGAGGGAGACAUCCAGGAGCUUCUGAUCAUCCCAGAUUCCCAGGCAGCCUUCCAAGCUUGUGAGAUAUUCUUGCCUGGAUGUGACACCACAGAUUCCAGACCCACAGGGGUCCCCCAGGCUGAGCCAGAGUCCCCUCCCCCUCGCCGGAAGGGGAAGGGGAAAGGGAAAGGGAAGAAAAAGGGACGAGGACGCAAGGGGAAGGGCAGGAAGAAGAAAAAGGACACACAGACCCCCAGUCUUCCUGCUGGGUCCUUGGAGAACCAGACCUCGGCAGCCGAUGUUCUAACGACGACGGUGACACCCCCUCCAGGGUUUCCUCCUAGUACCAUGCCUUGGCUUACCACCACUGUUGUGACCCUCAGCCCCAAUGUCACCACCCUGGAGGGGGGCCUGGACUCUGACAACGACACCUGGCAGGGGACUCCAGAGACUGACUCAGCUGGAGAGGAUGAGGAAGGAGGAGGGUCCACCAUGGGCCCCAGCUUAUGGGCAACAGAGCGAUCAAUGGGGACAGAGUUCCACAUCUUACCUGGUCCUGGAGAAAAGGGUGCAAAAGGAGAGCCCGCUGUAAUAGAGCAGGGACAUCAGUUUGAAGGACCCCCUGGAUCUCCAGGACCUCAAGGCAUGACUGGACCCUCAGGCCCUCCUGGCCCCCCUGGAUUCCCUGGAGACCCUGGUCUACCUGGUCCCCCAGGCCUCCCAGGAAUCCCUGGAAUAGAUGGGAUCCGAGGUCUUCCAGGAACGGUCAUCAUGAUGCCGUUCCAGUUUGCAAGCAGCUCCCUCCAAGGCCCCUCGAUAUCAUUCCAGCAAGCUCAAGCCCAGGCAGUAUUACAGCAGGCUCAGCUUUCUAUGAAAGGCCCCCCAGGCCCAGUGGGGCUCACGGGGCGUCCUGGUCCAAUGGGCCUUCCUGGGUAUCCAGGUCUGAAAGGGGAGAUGGGAGAAAUGGGGCCACAGGGUCCCCGAGGGCUCCAGGGACCUCGUGGGCCACCUGGCCGAGAGGGCAAGAUGGGUCGCUCUGGAGCAGAUGGAGCUCGGGGCCUCCCCGGGGACACUGGACCUAAGGGUGAUCGGGGUUUCGAUGGCCUGCCUGGCCUGCUGGGGGAGAAGGGCCAACAGGGGGAUCCUGGUCAUGUGGGGCAGCCAGGGCCCCCAGGAGAGGACGGUGAGAAGGGAGCUGAGGGGCCUCCGGGGCCUACCGGCCAGGCUGGGGAGCCAGGUCCCCGAGGACCCAUAGGUCCUAGAGGCUCCCCUGGUCCCCUGGGACGCCUGGGUGUGGUCGGAGCUGAUGGCGCCCCAGGACCCAAAGGCAAUGUGGGCCCUCCUGGAGAACCAGGUCCCCCAGGACAACAGGGAAACCCAGGUUCUCAGGGAAUUGCUGGCCCCCAGGGACCCAUUGGCAAUCCUGGAGUGAAGGGCCCCCCAGGGAACCCCGGCAUUCCAGGCCUCCCAGGAUCUGAAGGCCCCCCGGGCCACCCAGGUCAUGAGGGUCCCACGGGUGAGAAGGGUACCCAGGGCCCUUCCGGAGCAGCUGGUCCCCCUGGCUACCCUGGGCCUCGAGGUGUGAAAGGAACUUCUGGCAACCGUGGCCUCCAAGGAGAGAAAGGCCUGAAGGGAGAGGAUGGAUUCCCAGGCUUCAAGGGUGAUGAAGGGCUUAAAGGUGAUCGGGGACACCCUGGGCCCCCAGGACCCCGAGGAGAAGAUGGUCCUGAGGGACUGAAGGGGCAGGUGGGGAUAGCUGGAGAGGAGGGCCCCCCAGGUUCAGCUGGGGAGAAGGGCAAACUCGGGGUACCCGGUCUCCCAGGCUACCCUGGACGCCCAGGCCCAAAGGGGUCUCCUGGAUUUCCGGGGCCCCUGGGCCCAUUAGGAGAUAAAGGAAAGCGGGGGAAGGCAGGGCAGCCAGGCCUGGAAGGAGAGCGGGGACCCCCGGGUGCCCGUGGAGACAGGGGGCAGCCAGGGGCCACUGGGCAGCCAGGUACCAAGGGUGAUGUGGGCCAAGAUGGGGUCCCUGGACUGCCAGGUGAAAAGGGCCUUCCGGGUGUCCAAGGCCCUCCUGGAUUCCCUGGCCCCAAGGGCCCCCCUGGGUCCCAGGGGAAGGAUGGGCGGCCAGGGCACCCUGGACAGAGAGGAGAGUUGGGAUUCCAAGGUCAGACGGGCCCCCCAGGACCGGCUGGUGUUGUGGGACCUCAGGGAAAGACAGGAGAAAUAGGACCUCUGGGUGAGAGGGGGCCCCCGGGCCCCCCUGGACCACCUGGCGAGCAAGGUCUUCCGGGUCUGGAAGGCAGAGAAGGCGGCAAGGGGGACCUGGGGCCCCCCGGGCCCCUUGGAAAAGAAGGACCACCUGGACCCAGGGGCUUCCCUGGCCCCCCAGGAGCCCUGGGGGACCCUGGACCUGUGGGUCUGAAGGGUGACAAGGGUCCCCCAGGUCCAGUUGGAGUCAAUGGCCCCCCCGGAGAGCGGGGUCCCCUGGGCCCAGCCGGGAGCAUUGGGCUGCCUGGCCACAGUGGAAGCCAAGGUCCUGUUGGCCAUGCAGGAGAGAAGGGGUCUCCAGGGGAAAAGGGUUCUCCUGGCCCCAUUGGCAAAGAGGGGGCUCCAGGACCCCUGGGCCUCCGGGGGCCCUCAGGGGCCCCUGGACCAGCUGGCGAGGAUGGGGACAAGGGAGAGGUGGGCACCCCUGGACACAAGGGAAGCAAAGGAGAUAAAGGAGAUACAGGCCCACCUGGACCAACAGGGAUACAAGGUCCCGCGGGUCACCCGGGGCCCCCGGGUGCAGAUGGGGCACCAGGACGCCGGGGACCCCCAGGCCUCUUUGGGCAGAAAGGAGAUGACGGAGUGAGAGGCUAUGUGGGAGUGAUUGGCCCACCUGGCCUGCAGGGACUGCCAGGCCCUCCGGGGGACAAGGGGGAGGUUGGAGAUGUAGGGUCCAUGGGUCCACAUGGAGCUCCAGGCCCUCGGGGUCCCCAUGGCCCCAGUGGAGCUGAGGGUCCCCCAGGGCUGCCUGGAGGCAUCGGCCAGCCGGGUGCCGUGGGCGAGAAGGGUGAACCAGGAGAAACUGGAGAUCCUGGACUCCCAGGACCCCCUGGCAUUCCUGGGCCCAGGGGAGAAGUUGGUGAGAAGGGGGACACUGGUGCCUCUGGGGCUGCUGGCCCCCCAGGGAAGAAAGGCCCCCCUGGAGAGGAUGGAGCAAAAGGGAACAUGGGCCCCACGGGGCUCCCUGGAGAUCUUGGCCCCCCUGGAGAUCCUGGAGCUUCAGGUGUAGACGGCCCCCCUGGGGUGAAGGGAGACCCUGGUGAUAUUGGGGGACCGGGGCCACCUGGUGCCUCUGGGGAGCCUGGCCCCCCGGGACCCCCUGGCAAGAGGGGUCCUUCUGGCCGUGUGGGACAUGAAGGCAGAGAAGGGGAGAAGGGGGCCAAGGGGUCACCAGGUCCAGAUGGCCCCCCUGGGAAGACAGGCCCUGUGGGUGUGCGGGGCCCCCCUGGACGUGAGGGGCCAGAGGGUCUGCGUGGGAUCCCCGGACCUGUGGGGGAGGCUGGCCUGCUGGGACCCCCAGGACAGACGGGACCUCCAGGUCCCCUGGGUCCAUCUGGCCUCCCAGGGCUGAAGGGAGAUGCCGGCCUUAAAGGGGAGAAGGGCCAUAUUGGCUUAGUUGGACUCAUUGGGCCCCCUGGGGAGGCCGGCGAGAAAGGGGAUCGAGGGUUGCCCGGAGUUCAGGGCCCCCCUGGACCCCAAGGAGAACCUGGUUCCCGUGGCCCAGGAGGUUCUGUGGGUCACCCUGGGCCCCCAGGAGUGGCGGGUCCCCUGGGGCAGAAGGGUUCCAAGGGGUCCCCGGGAUCCCUGGGUCCCCAAGGGGACCCCGGCCCCCCAGGUCCCCCUGGCCUCCCGGGCGCAUCGGCAGUGCUGCCCAGGCUGCGGCGCUCGGUCCCAGUCCUGGAGGGCGGCCUGGAGGAGGUGUUGGCCUCGCUAGCAUCACUAGGCGAAGAGAUAGAGCAGCUGUGGCGGCCCCCGGGGACUGCAGAGCGCCCGGGGCUGGAGUGCGGGGAGCUGCGGAGGCACCACCCACACCUGCCCGAUGGUGAGUACUGGAUUGACCCCAAUCAGGGCUGUGCACUGGAUGCCAUUAAGGUCUUCUGCAACUUCACAGCAGGCGGGGAGACUUGUCUGUAUCCCGACCAGAAGUUCCAGACUGUGAAGCUGGCCUCCUGGUCCCGGGAGAAGCCAGGAAACUGGUUCAGCACCUUCCGCCGAGGGAAGAGGGUGAGUGACCAGAGAUUUAAGUGAGAACCAGUGGGGACCUCCAUGGGGCC